GGCUGACGCCUGGCUCCUCUCACACCAAUGAGGCCGCAGCAUAGAUGGGUCCCGUCCCACCCCCAGGAAGGUGUGUCCCGGGUUGCCUCACCUGAAACUUCCUAGGAGAAUGAGAUCCCUCCCGCUUUGGGAGGGGAGGGGCAGGCUAGGAGGGUGGGGCGGCUGGGGCCUGAGUCGGGGACUGCCGGCAGGAGCUGGGACCCCAGUGGAGAUCUUUCUACCCAGACAGCUCGGACCAUGUGACACUGACCAGGAAUCAGCCCUGAUGGAGGCUGAAAGGCCUCCUUGUGAUGCUUCUACUCCAGCUACUGCUCUGGAGGAAUGCCACACCUUUCCAAUGUCUCUCAUGAAGAGCAGCUGUAUCCCUGGUUCAGAGCCUGAAGCAGCAGAGACAGAGGACCCUGCCUGGGAAUGGGCUGAGGAUGAUGAUAGUGUCUUUGGGGCCCAGCAGAGAGAUCUGUGUAAUCCAAGCCCAACUGAAGAGACACCACCCACUCUUUGCCAGGAGGAUUCUCUAGGCUCUUUGGAGCCUGACUAUGGAGAUGCUGUGACUGCAGAGUCAGGAGUUCAGAGACCUUCAGGGCUAGCAUCCCAGGGCCUCCAAGAGGGCCAUGUGCCUUUCAACCCCACGGAGAGCUCUGUCUGCCCCACCCUGGUUGCUAGCCUGGACAUUGGCCCCAUCCCCAAUGAAAUAAGUAGUGAGAUUGGGGUAGAAUCUUGGCCAGAGGUCCCUAACCCUCUGAAGGAAACUGAAAGGUCAGAAGCCAGUGAAAUGGUGGAGAAAGAAGGCUUUCUUCCUUCCUCUAAUGAGGCUAGGUCCUGUUCUCCUCCUGAGGAACCCAACAGUCUGAUCUGUCAUGCAGGAAAAAGAGCUGCCCGGCAAGAGGGGGAGUCCCAGGCCCAAGAGAGGAAGGAAAAUGGAGGGCAAGAAGGGCUGUUACAUCAGAGACAAGAGGAGGCCAGGGAUCCUGGGAAACGUGGGAAGUGGGAACAGAGGGAACUAGAAGAAGAUAAAGGACAAGUUGAAUUGGUUCUGGGAAAACAAAGAGAAGGAGAGACAUUUAAUAGGGAGGUAGAAGAUCAGAAUCACAGGGAAGGGUACUUAGGAGACAGGGAUGUGGAGAAGCAGGGUCUUGGGAAAGUAGGAGAGGAGAAAAAUCAAGGAAAUGGGCUGGUAGAGGAGCAGGGAAAAGCAGAUCAUUGUGAUAAGGACCAAGAGUUAAGUGGGAAACAGGGGAAGAUAGUGGAUGAGGGUAAGGAAAAACAGGGAGCUGUAGAGGAGCCGUGGAAGCUAGAGGGAGGUAAGGAAGAACAGGAGAAUGUAGCUGGAGAAACACUGGAGGCAGAGGGAAUGGCAAGGAGAAAUGAGAAUGAGGAGAUUCAGAAGUAUUAUGGUUCCUUACCAUUGACCCAGAUUGUCCCAGGUGCCAAUAUUUCAUGGGGCUCUUUCUCAGGAGACCCUGUUUCCACUGUCAUAAAAUCUGAUACUCAGGAAGGGAUAAACACUGAGUCUUCUAGAGUUCACCUCUCCAUGUACUCUUCCUGCCCAGACUCCACUCUGAAGCCUGGCCAGGAGUCAUCAGGGCCUCUCCAGUCCAUCCCUCCUCAAAGUCUCUCUGGAAAGAAUUCUGAGAAAGAAGCAGAGCAAAAUGGCUGGGAGGAAGAGUAUGGUCUAGGAGACAGAGCAAUGCCUAUCUUGGGGAAGAAGCCAGCACCUCCAAGGCCAAUCGCUAUAGCUCCUAGAACAGAAGCCUCAACUCCUUUCAGUUCUACCAAGGCGGAUCCCAACACAACCACCUCAUCAGCUUCCUGCCCCCCUACCUUCUUUCCAAUGGGAGGUUCUUCACUCCCAUCACAUGGGCCAGAAUUCUCUAAAUCCUUUUCCUUUGACAAAGAAUUCUCUUUUCCCCACUGGGACCCUGAUGCUGCCUUAAACAUUAUCCAUAUACCCUCUCCUGGAGAGGCUCCCUUGGUACCACAUGCCAACUCUGACUGGGCCAGCACCCUAAACCUCUCAGAAGCCUCUGAGGAAACCAUCCAGUACCAUGGGAGUAACUCUGCUCCAAGCUCCUUUGGGGGAGGGCAGCCUCAGUAUCUAGCCCAGACUCCAGCUUCCUUCUAUCACUCAGAGUUGACUCAGAGACUCUCUGAGCCUGCAGUCCACCAUGUUGACAUCCCAGGAAGGGAGGAGCAGGCUAGGCUGGAGCCCUCUUCCGACCCUUCCUCCUUGAGCCAACUUCAAGAAUUCACCCCAUAUUUAGAGAUGGUUGGUGCUACCGAUAGCCAAACUUGGUGUCCACCAAAAAAGGAAGCCUCCAUCUCAGAUGGACUUAUCCAUGGCUCUCCUCCUUCUUCAUCUGUGGUGGAAAUGGGAUUACAUGAACUGCUGCCCCCCCUCCCACUACGGGAGCGGCACAGUCAUCCUCCCCUGGCAGCACAACAUAGCAGUCAUCAUGCCAAGCCCCCUGCCCAAAAACGGUAUAGCCAUCCUCCCACCUUGGCCUUAGCUUCAUUACUACCUGGCUCCCCUGAAAGACCUUCUCUCCCUGUUAAGGCAAGACAGAAUAGACCUCUGCCUUCUACCCCCAUCACAGACACUUCCCACCAUACUCAGACUCCUAGGCUGAGGUACAAUAAGCCACUACCUCCCACCCCUAUCACACCCCAGCCCUACCACCCUCCCACAUCUACCACCCUAAGUAAGAAAAACAAACCUCUUCCUCCUCUUCCCAUUUCGGAUCCUGACACCAAGCCACCUCCACUGCCCCCAAAGGCUAAGUGGAGAAGCAACAGUACUCACAGGACAGUUGUAGAUGUAGGAGAUCAGUUGAGGUCAAAACCUGGCUCCUCCAAGGUACCUGGAGGGAACUGGGAAGUCCCUUCUCCUCUUUCUGCUGGACGUACCUCCUGGCCUCCAGCUGUGGACAGGCCAGCAGACACUUUGAACUUUCCUGGCAGGAAUAAAAGGGAGAUGUCUUCUCCUCUGGCCUUCAGUAACAUGACCAACUUCCUUUUGCUGAGUCCUUCCUCCCCGGCUCCUUCCAUGACCCAGGCCCCACAGCAUUCUAUCCUGGGAGGAGUCCAGGCUGAACAUGGGCAAUCAGAAGGGACUUUGAGGACUUUGAGCAAAGGAGCUCUUCAAGGGGAUGGUAACGGGCCCCGGAGGUCAGAUCGAGGCAUGGUGCGGCAGUCGGGGAAACCCAGUCACCCGCCUUUGGAGAAAUCAUCCAGCUGGCCACACAGGAAAGAUCCUGGGAAAUUCUUGGAAGUGAGUGGUGAGCGCUCAGAGAGUCCUGCUGAGGAGCAGAACAAGACCAAGGGAUGGAACCGGCAAGGCCUGCGCAAACCAUCUGUCUUCCCUGGGGAAACCCUAGAUAGGGAAGGCCCCCCCAUGGAAAAACCUCCCUGUCCCUCAGACACGAUUGUUCUUCGAGAGAAGAAACCAAGGGAAGUAAUGGGUACUGUUGCCAGGCGCUGCUCAAAGUUCAUCAAUUCUUCCCACCUGCUUUAUCAGGAAUAUAGUGAUGUGGCUCUAAACAAAGAGAUCCAAAACCAGCAGAGGCUGGACAGCCUGAUCGAAGGGUCCAGCCCGGCUUCUCCCCGACAGCCCCGUAGAUCUCCAGUCACCCCAGACUCUUAUCUUCAGCGCCUCUCCAUUGCCUCCAGUGCCUCUUUGUGGCAAGACAUCCCCCGCGUCCGCAAUAGCACCAUGCUGCUGUCCAUGACUCACGAGAACCAAAAACUGCAGGAGGCCAAAUUUGAACUUAUCAUGUCAGAAGCUUCUUAUCUGCGAAGUCUUCAUGUGGCUGUAGACCAUUUCCAGCUCUCAUCACAGCUCCGGUCUACACUGUCUAACCAGGAACACCAGUGGCUCUUCUCUCGUCUACAAGAUGUGCGGGAUGUCAGCACCAUGUUUCUCUCGGACCUGGAAGAAAAUUUCGAGCAUGACAUCUUUACCUUCCAUGUUUGUGAUGUGGUCCUGACUCAUGCACCUGCUUUCCGGCGUGUCUACCUACCUUACGUCACCAACCAGACUUACCAGGAGCGCACUUUCCAAAGCCUGCUGAACAGCAACAGCAAUUUCCGGGAGGUCCUGGAAAAGCUAGAAAGUGACCCUAUCUGCCAGCGCCUUUCCCUAAAGUCUUUUCUGAUACUGCCCUUCCAGCGUAUUACCCGCCUCAAACUGCUGCUCCAGAAUAUUCUUAAGAGGACACAGCCUGGCUCCCCGGAAGAAGCAGAGGCCACAGAAGCACACCAUGCCUUGGAAGAGCUCAUCCGAGACUGCAAUAACAAUGUCCAGAGAAUGCGACGGACAGAAGAACUGAUCUACCUAAGUCAGAAGAUUGAGUUUGAGUGCAAAAUUUUCCCACUGAUCUCACAGUCACGAUGGUUGGUGAAGAGUGGGGAGCUAACAGCCCUUGAGUCCAGUGUGUCACCUGGGCUACGGAGGAAACUGGCCACUCGACCUGUCCACUUGCAUCUCUUCAAUGACUGCCUGUUAUUAUCACGGCCUCGAGAGGGCAACCGCUUCCUGGUGUUUGACCAUGCCCCUUUUUCAUCUGUGCGGGGGGAGAAGUGUGAAAUGAAGCUGCAUGGACCACACAAGAACCUCUUCCGCCUCUUCCUCCGGCACAACGCACAAGGCACCCAGGCCGAGUUCCUCUUUCGCACGGAGACUCAGAGUGAAAAGCUUCGCUGGAUCUCAGCGUUAGCUCUUCCAAGAGAGGAGUUGGACCUCUUGGAAUGUCAUGACUCCCCACAGGUUCAGUGUCUACGUUCUUAUAAACCUCGAGAGAAUGAUGAGUUGGCACUAGAGAAAGCAGAUGUGGUGAUGGUGACUCAGCAGAGCAGUGAUGGUUGGCUGGAGGGUAUGAGGCUGUCAGAUGGGGAGAGGGGCUGGUUCCCUUUGUCACAUGUGGAGUUCAUCACCAACUCUGAUGUUCGAAAGCGGAACCUGUCAGAGGCACAUAGAGUCAAGACUGCCAAAUUACAGCUGGUCGGACGCCAAAGAUAACUGCUACUCAGGGGCAUCCCCUUGGGCCUAUGGACGUGAUACUUCUAUGGAAGGGAGCAGUCAACUGCAGCACUGUAACAGAACCUGUCUGAAAACAAAAAUCAGCAAGCUGGACAUAAGCUUCAAACCUUCCACUCAUUGCCCAUUGGUGCAUGCAUGCAAGCAUGCAUAUGCACACACACACAAACACACACACUCACUAUAAAGAUAUAGGGCAAAGGGAUUUGGGGUGGGGCCUGGACUUUGGGAACCAUUUCUUUAAGGAAAUGUAACUAUCUGGGAGAUCUACCCUGGAGCCUGAGCCAAGGGGCUCCACUUCUAUGAAAUUUACCAGUUCCCGUUUUGAUAAUUUGGAGCUGGAGUUUCAAAUACUUUGUUCCAAACUCCCUCACUUCUUUCGCAUUCCUUUCCUUUGGGAACCAGCAUUGGGAAGGAGAUUAAGGUGCCUCUAGAGAUGGUGCCUCUGUGGAAAUGUGAGGGGAUAAUCUCUCACUCUAAUAAACUUGGCACUUUGAAAUUUUUCUUCCCAUGCUCCUUAGCACUCAGCAUUGUUCAUAACAUGGCUGGACUUCAGGGAGGAAUCCAGGUUCAGCUGGGUCUGGGUGCCAUGAAGGGCUGUCUGUAGACAGUGGGCGUCGAUUCUUGCGGCAGCUGUUGGUUCUUGCCUUGAUGCCACUCCCCCAGGGAUCUGGGCAGACUCACUCUUAGCUUUGACCUCAGGAAUGUACCUGUUUCUGGAUCUUGUGCCUCUUCCUGUAAUGAGUUAUGCCAGCAACACACUCCAGUUCUGAGGCCCGUGUUCUUGAGUGCACCAGUAAACUAUACUACACAC